CUGCAGAGCCGAGCAGAAGAAGGAAGUGACAUUUUCGAGUGUCCUUGUGCUGGUGCGGCUUCCUGAACACUGCGGGCUAAAGGAGAAAUUAUCACCAUGUUUAGGCACUUAAGGACCCUGCAGCAGGUCUCCAGGCGGACCCUAUCCAGUACUGCACGCAGACAGCUGGAGAAUAAAGUCCCUGUCAAGCAGAAGUUGUUUCAAGAAGACAAUGGCAUGCCAGUUCAUUUGAAGGGAGGCACGACAGAUGCUCUCUUGUACAGGGCAACGAUGGCUCUUACUGUCUUUGGGUGUGGUUAUGUGCUGUAUGCAUUGAUCGAUGCAGCGCUGCCCAAGAAGAAGGAUUGAACAUGCCCCUCUAUUCAUGUUGUAAAGACCUCUGAUCCUCAGAAAGAUAUGUCCUGUCAGUUAUUUUCAUUACAAUGGAUUCAUAUUUAUUGAUUGUAAUGUAAAGCGCAAUCAUUAUGCAAUAAAACGUUCCACUGUACUGGCAGUCUGUGUUUGAAGUUU